CGCUGCAGUCGCCAUUAUCGUCUUCUGUGUUCGUCUGUUUUCUGUCAUAUUUAGAAAAUGUUAUUGUAAGAAUUCUUCUUCCGUAGCAUAAAUUGGUAAAUUAAAUAUGUCGUUUAGUCACGAUCAGUAUAAUCAAUCAGUUGAUCUGUGUUUGGUUCAGGUCAUAAUUUUCGCGGUCACUCAUGAGGGUGUGGUUCGGAAAUAACUGUUAUUAUAACUGUUAUUAUAACUGUUAUUAAUAAUACACAUCCAAAUCGGUUUUGUCUGGAAUCCACAACAUGAAGAAGAUUUUCAGACCUGCUCUGUUUGUGUUACUAAUGUGUGGUGUGUUUGGUGCUGAUGAAGAUCAACUGAAGGCAGUGAUGGAGGGAGAUUCUGUCACUCUAAACCCUGAUCCUGCUCAAAUACAGGGAUUUAUUGAUAUAGAGUGGCGGUUUAAAGAUAACACGAGUCCCAUUGCUUAUACUAAUGGAGUUAAACCCACAUAUUCUGAAGAUGAGAUAUUCAGAGACAGACUGAAUCUGAACCAGACAGGAUCUCUGACCAUCACAAACAUCAAAACCAAACACUCUGGACUUUAUCAUCUACGGAUGGAACGCAACAGUGGACGCUUAAAUGUGGAUUACACUGUUACUGUCAGUGAGUCUCCGUCUGUUAUUGAUGCUGUUAAAGGUGAAAUGAAGAUGGAGUCAGUGACAGAGGGAGAUCAUGUCACUCUUCAGACUGAUGUUACUGAACUACAUGGAGAUGAGCUGAUAGUGUGGAGGUUUGGAGAUGAAGGGAAACUCAUCGUUAAAACUGAUAUAGAGGCUAAGAGCUCACCGUUAUAUACUGAUGAGAGAUUGAGAGACAGACUGGAGCUGGAUCAUCAGACUGGAUCUCUGAUCAUCACAAACAGCAGAAUCACAGACUCUGGACUCUAUAGAGUGAAGAUCAGCAGCAGCAAACAGACUCUGUACAAGAGAUUCACUGUUACUGUCAGUGAAGCAGGUUUGUCUCCAGGUGCUAAAGCAGGGAUUGUUAUUGUUGUUCUGCUGGUGUUUGCUGCUGCUGCUGCUGCUGUGAUUUACUAUCGCCACAAGAUCUCUGAACUACAAAAACAAACAUUGUCAGUGACUGAGGGAGAAGAUGUCACUCUAAAACCUGCUUAUAAAAUAAACAAAGGUGAUGAGAUACAGUGGCUGUUUGGAGAUAAAAAGCAUCGGACUCGCAUAUCUGAAAUCAGAGAAGAGUCCAGACGGCCCUUUAUAGAUGAUUAUAAAGCUAAUGAGAGAUUCAGAGACAGACUGGAUCUGGACAAGACGACUGGAUCUCUGACCAUCAAGAACACCAGAACUGAUCACUCUGGACUCUAUAAACUACACAUCAGAACCAGCAGAAAGACUUUACAGAAGACAUUUAUUGUCACUGUCUAUGAAAAAGUGGAGGUGAAAUCAGUGAAUGAAGAUUCUGUCACUCUGAACCCUGAUACUGAAAUACAGAGAGAUGAUCAGAUCCUGUGGAUCUUUGGAGAUGAAUUCAGUCUCAUCGCUCAGAUCAAAGCAGGGACUGGAGAGACAUAUGAUGGUGCUGAUGGGAGAUUCAGAGGCAGACUGGAGCUGAAUAAGGAGACUGGAUCACUGACCAUCACAGACUUCACAACUAAACACAAUGGACCCUAUAAACUACUGAUCAGCAGCAGCAGCAGAGGAACCUCGUGCAAGAAAUUCAGGGUUUCCAAACAUCGUAAGUAACUGUGUUUCAGUUUAUUUUUUAACAUGUACAUAAGAGUGAUGAUGCUCUGAAUGAACAAUUCUACACUGAACUGAAUUUUAACAGGUAAAAGUGCACAUUAUAGUGUGUAACUGUAGUUUGACAUUCAUUGUGUAUUUUCCUCAAUUAAUCCAGUUG